ACUAUCCAACUGCCUGGUUAUUUUGAUGAAAAAUCAUAUUUUCACUAAAAUAGCUACGAGUAAUGGCUGGUUUGUAUACUAUCCAGCUAGUUUAUAAACUAUACAAAAUUUAUCGCUAAAACACAAACCACAAGGAAAUUACACAAAUUAACUAGCAUUUUUGGCUAAUUUGUAAACUAUCCAAUGGCCGAGAAUUUGCAAACCAGGUGGGUAUUAGGGUAAAAGGCACGCUAGAAAGGACAUGGCACUUUUUAUGGGCAUUUUGGCCUUCUGUAUUUUUGAUAUGUUGUAGCUGACAUCAAAAGAUCUUUUUCCUUUGCGCUAAAGCCCUAGCUCUACUGGGUGUACCGGAAAAAUGGGCCCAAAGUUGAGAUUUUGAAUUUGAAGUGCCAUGUCCUUUAUUUCAAAUUCCCUAAAUGCUGCUAUGGAUGAAAUAAAACAAAAUCAAUACAUUUUGAUUUUUUUAGGUGAUUGAGGAAUUAGUCGGAAUGUGGCCUGACUGCCAUAUUGUGCAUGGUAAACCGAGACAUUCACAAUCACAAGGUUCAGUGCAGAGUGCGAACCAAGAUAUAGAGAACAAGUUAGCGUCGUGGAUGAAAGAUAAUAACUCGACAAAAUGGAGCGAAGGUUUAAAAAUCGUUCAAUUUCAAAAAAAUCGCUGCUUUCAUUCUGGUAUUGGACGCAGUCCUUAUGAAGCUUUAUAUGGUGUAAAAUGUAGAGAUGGUUUAAAUAACCUCCCUGUUUCUAUCACAAACAUUAAAUCCAUACGUACAGAAGAGGAACUGGAAACAUUAUUAUCUUCUAGUAAUGACACCGAGGAUAAAGUGGAAGAAGAUUCACAUCCUUCAAAUAAUUUUGUACCCGAUGAAAAAUCUACAGUCACUGAAGAGGAAAUGGCCGCCCAACAAUUGUCUGAUUUAAUUGAAAAUGCUACGCUGGUUAUGCUGCCCGAUAAUACUCAUAGGCCAGUUGUAUUCGCAGAUAAUACUGAAACCCCAAUUUUACUCGAACUUAAUACCGAAACCCCAGUUUUACCCGAAAAUAAUACUGAAACCCCAGUUUCACUCGAAGUUAACAAUAGAACCUCGGUUUUAUUUAAAGAACAAGCAAUGGCAUUGCUCUCUACUGAAACAACAGAAAAUGCUCUCAAUGAAUCAUUACCACAAAAAUGCUUAUUAUAUUCUGAUGAAAACGUGUGUGACCAUAUCUGUACCUUGGAAGAAAAAGGGCCAAUGUCCAUUUCAGAUGUUUUGAAUAAAAUGAUUUAG